GUUAGUUUCCAACCAAAUGACAAGGAAAUGAAUUUAAAAAGAUAUUACAGAUACUUUUAGUGUCAUUUUGUUGUAAUAAAAUCCAUGCGGUUAUUCCAUUCCAAAACAGCGUAAAAAUCUGCAUUUGUUAUUAUUAUUAAUAGGGGUAUUAUUAUGAGGAACAUGCACAAGAGGAAAAGGAGAUAGUCCAAUGAGAGCAACAAACCCAUUGUUGAAUGGUAGCACAGAAGAGACUGGCAUUACAGUCAAUAGAAAAUAUAGGUGGAAAUGAAAAAUGAUUGGCUUUUGAGUACUGAAGGGGAGAUUAAGCGGGAGAAGGCAGUAUAGCUGGGUAAGAAGUUAAGCAGAUGAUUAACACAGAAAGAAACACGGAGUGAUCUAACAGGACACAAAAGGACUCUAACUACAGAGGUUAGUUAUUGUUAGAAUCAGAUCAUAAACCAACACACGAAGAAAAGAACAGGGAUGGAGCAAAGAAUCACAAAAUAAGAAGUAAACCACAUGUGGAAGGCAGGUAGUAAAAAAAACCAAGCCAAAUAACUCUCUUUCCUCUUCACAGUCCUCGAGUGCUUGUUCAGAAUGCAGAAUAAGAAGAAUUUAUCUGCAUUUCAUUUAGUGCAUUGGAAAAAUGCAUACAGAUUCCUUUUAGUGUAUUAGUUUUUGUAAUGCACUAAAAUGUACCACUAAAACUAUAGAUGAUGACAAAGUCUAGUUUUGAUUAGAUGUUUAGUUAGAUGUUUUAAUCGUUAUAAUUAGCAAUUCAGAACUUGCCAUCGGUACUGCACUAAGAGUUUAAAACCAACAAAUAAACUGGUAAAAAUUUGAUGAAAAAAUAAGAUUAAAGAUACGAUAAUAUAAAUGUUUCUGUAACAUUUCAGUUAUUGAAUUCUUCCAUAAAUACGAGGCAGAAGUUUAUGUAUAGAAAACAAAAAUUCGCAUUGCAUCACCUUACAUUAUAAAUAAUGUGCAAGAUAUAUGUUUGAUUACUAGAAGUGUGUAUCAGUGUGACAUACAACAUAAUUAUCUUGUAUUCCUUACCGCACAAUAAAGUUAAAGGGAGAAGGUGUACUAAUCUAACCCAGAAAUGUUAGUGAAGAUCACAAAACGUCUUGUCUUCGGCUGCUGCCGAAAAACUAUGAAUGAAAUGCAAGUUGAUGACGUCAAAAGGACCGCUUGACGCAUGCAUCACGUGGGCCGGGAAGGCGGAGAGAGCUAAGAGAGCUAAAUCCUCUGUCCAUAGUUCUGAAAACAGACAUUCCAGGAGAGGAUCCUCGAAAGGAUGCAUCAACAAAACAGUAGCGACAUAUAUAAACAAGUCGUCUGAAGCUGGGUGUGUGCAUGACCGCAGGGCUUGCAGCACCAGGCCUGAAGAGAAAACGGGAUCUUGAAUCCCCCAAGCUCCCUUUCACCUGCAAGUGCUUAAGGUCACUCUCUAAGCCCAGUUCAGGACCUGUUCUGUCAAGUCAUGACAAGAAACUGCCAUGUCUCGUAUGUUCUUACGAUCAUGGUCCUCUUUACAUCUUUGUCCUUCCUUCAACUUUCUACAUCCAACCCGGUUUCCACUAUCGAAGACUAUGUCAACCAACCCAGGGAGGUUCUUCCCAGGCUCCCAGUUUCUAAAAAUAUGGACGGAAUGCAGAGGAGAGGGCAAUUAGCCUCGAAAGACCAAAAUGAGGAAGAGGGGGAUCUCUUUAAAGAUGUUGAUCCUAAAAGAUUAGCAACUGUUUUAUUGGAGGCACUGAAUCACACAUAUGUGGAAAGAGAGAGGGAUAAAGAGAAGUACAACAACAUGAAAGAUAAGAUACAGGCUGAGAGAGAUAAAAAUGAAGAGAUAUACAGUGAGAGAGUGGCCAGAGAAAGAGAUGGGCAAAACGAGUUGGAGCUAUAUGUUGCUUCACAGGAAAAGGAGAGGGAAGAGGAGAAGAAAAAAACUUUGGAAGAGGAGGAAAGGAUAACUGAGAAGGUGACAAGCCAUACCACAAGUCAGAAGAUCCAAAUUAAAACAAAGCAGCAACCCAGCAGUUCUGAUGGAACAACAAAGAGUGGUGCUGCUAGCCAGCAGGUAUCAUCCAACCCUGAGCAAAGCAGCUAUGAAGAAGAGGAGCAGCUCAAUCCAGAGGAGCUCAAGAGUCUUGAGACCAUGAUGAAAGAGUUUCCACGCCUUAACAUUAAAAGAGAUGGUGUUUCAGAGCACAAGCAGAGAAACACAAGAGGUUAUAGCAGCUACAAUGACAUCAUUCCAGUACAUAAAGGAAGUAACCUUGCCUUGACCAAGAAAAAAUUAAAAUGGCAGGAAGAAACACAGAAAGCAAUAUACUUUCCAACUUUUACCACAGACAAUUCUGUAGAAGAAUUCGAGAACAGCAACUAUAUUAGCAAAACAACACAGCCCCCAUCUCCAACUGAACACGAGGAGGUGCAAGGUGAUGACACAGAGGAGGAAAAUGAAAUACUCAGCCCAGAGGAGGAGGAAGCUCAAGCCAAAGUGGAGCAGGAGGAGAUGAUGAGGCAAGCAGCAGAGGCACAAAAAGCCAAGAUGGAAGAGGAAAAACUGGCUGAUAUUGCCUCAGACAUGUUGCUGAGCUACAUGGUUAAACAAAAUAAAGGUGACAAAAAGCACAGUUUUUCUCUGUCGAAUGCUGCAGAGGAUAAGAGAUCUGAUGAGGAACAUGAGAUGACAGAGGAAGACGACAUCGAUCCUGAGACCAUUGACAAGUUGAUUGAGAUCUCCAGCAAGUUACACCUCCCUGCGGAUGAUGUUGUGGACAUAAUCACUGAUGUUGAGAAGAAGAAGAAGAAAGAUUUGCCAUCUGAGAUGGCAUCACUUUGGCAGUAUACUUCAUCUCCACUGCCUACUUCUCUUCAUUCCGGUUGGCAAGUUUCAACAAAUCAAAAUAGCCUUCCAGUCUCUAAGCAACUAUCUCCAGCCGUAAAGAUCCUUAAAACAUGGUUUCAAGAACAAAAUACACCAAAACCAGAUGUUUCCCAAAAGCAACUUUCUAAACCUUUGCUACCAUAUCUUUCACCAAAGCCUGAGAAGCUUUUUUCAGUGAAGCCAGAGCACUGGUCCAAAUUACCUAAGUCUGUUUGGACUGGCUACUCCUUGUAUCCCUACUCAUACCUUUCCUACCACCAGAGGAAACCCAUCUUGGAUUACUAUCCUUUCUAUUUUCCUCCUAUCCCAAGGUCUAAACCCCAUUACUACAUGUCUAAACCUGCUCUCACACUGAACAACUAUUUUGGUAAUUCUAUGGCAGAUCCAUACAUUUUCCCACCAAAAAGGCAUUAUCAAAGCUGGUUCCAGCCUCAGCUGAGGAAAUCACCUCUAAGCCUUCAACAUAAGUCUUUGUACUCCAGAUACUAUCCACGUCUUUACUCCCAGCCAUUUCAGCGAUUACCCACUUCCCAAGCCUGUUCCCCUCCUCAAAUUGCUCCUCAGAAAAAGCAGUUUUUAUUCUCUGCUCCGGAACCUCCAGCGAAAAACAACAAUAAUUGUCAUAAGAGUGCAAAGCAGCCAGACCGCAGUAUCCAUGACAAUGUGGGGAAAUACAUUCAGCAGAUUCUCAUGAACAGAACACAGAGGUUAGACUGAAAUGUAACAAAUAGUUGAGAGUAUAAGUCUGAAGUAUGGCUAAUUUGAACAUACAGCCAGAAAACUAUAUUUCUUUACGACGUUGUUUAGUGUUUGUUUAAUAUUUUUACCAUUUAUAUUUUUUUCCUGUUUCAAUUGGUCAAGAUGUAAGGAUCUUGCCAUGUUCUGGAUGGUGCUGAUUGGAGCAUAAUGAAUAUUGUGAUCACACUACAAAUCCAGAUUGACAACUUUCUUAAUAUUGGCAUUUGUGCCAUUAAAGGAGGAUGCUCAACCUUUCAAAUUGUAGUGGAGCCUUGUGUGGUGACCAUCUUAACCACAUUAAAAGGCUGAUGUUGAAGCUGUGACCUCUCAAUCUAAGACUCUUCUUUCAAAACUAAUAAGUUGUCUAAUGGAACUGGCUUUUUGUUUUGUUACAAACCAUAAACCUAUAGGAAAACACUAGACUAUUGCUGCAUUUAUCAAGCAUUUACUUCAGAAAAACAUGGUUUCACCUAAACCCCAGAUUUAUUGUGUGAAGAUUACAAGAUAUGACCAUGGCUUUAAAUAAGGUAAAACAACUUCUAAAGGACAAAAAUAACUGAAAAUGUUUUUUUGUUGUUGUUGUUGAUAAAAACCUAAACAAAGGCCAAAAACUUUAGCUUUUGCUUAAGAUGUUGUAGUGUUACUUUUAGCAGCAGUAAUUUGUGGUAACUAUCAUCUGUGUGACCUGAGGAGUUGAUAUAUCAUUGUUGGGAAGGAGUUUUAGCACUCCCUUUCUGUGUGAGUUCAUUGACAUGUGUGUGCCUUGGCCCCAGUAAUGCCUCCGCAUGGCAAACAGAAGAGUUAUUGGUCAACUUAGAAACAGCAAUUCCUCUGUCUUGGGUUGCUACAAAAAAAGUUAUCAAUCUCCCUACUGUGCUUGACAGUUGAUACAAGAUGUUUAAUAUGUUCGAUGUUCUCUCUAAAUGUAUGGAUGUCCAUCUGUAGUUUUCUUUGUCCAGUUAUCUUGUUCUUUUUUGAUUUAGAUGUCUUAUGGCUGUUUCAAACUAAAGAACAAUGCUGUUGAAUGUUCAAAUGCAGAUUUGAAAACCUAAGCAAUGCUGCAUCAUUUUUUAAAGAGAAGAGACUUAACCAUGGCAACCCAACAAACCAUAACUUGAGCCAAACUUGCUGAGAUAUGUCCAUUGCAUAACUAACUGGUUAGAUUCUACACACUGUUUCCAUAUAAUCUAAAACAUCUUAUACCUUAUCUUCUGAAAUGGACGCGUUGAAACACUGUCAUUUUGUUUUAUUUCUUUAUGAAUUGACCUGAAAAGGACAUUUUCAUGAUAUUCUCAUUAACAAAAUAUGUAUACAACAUUGCAGAGCACACAGUAUUUCAUACAGAGACCAACAAACAUCACAAAAUGGCUUGUACUCAUGAUGACUCAUCCUUUUACAUAUGUCAAAGUACAUUGUUGCUAUGGUGUCAAACCCUGGCAUGUGUCUGUGUGACAUUCUUAUACAACUGAUGCCUUCAGAGGAGGUUUCAGCUUGAAUACUUUAGCUGUAGCUGGUAUCAGCCUGGAUUGUGGUCAUUGUCAAAUAAGUCACAUAAUUAACUUUACACAAGAGACAACCAGUAGUUGCUUUUCAAUGACUCAUUACAGGGGCAUCAGACUUGCACAAAAUCUGUGGAUUUCUUGAGUAUUUGGCCCUGUACAUGGAAAAGACAUUAUGAUAAACCAUCAUAAAUGUGAAUCUUUUAUAGCAAAAGCUAUAGUAAGUAAAAGUAAGCUUUUAUUGAGUGAUUAAUGUCACCUAAAUUACCAAAUAGUAAAAACAUUUGAUCUUUUACAUGAUUUAAAUGUAAGUCUCAAUUUUUGAAGAAGGUAUGGUUAAAAUGGAUGUUUGGUUUGGUUGGUGUUGGUGUCUUCUUCUUCUUUUUCUUUUGAUUCUUCCCUUUCAGGGCUUAACACAGCAAGUCAUCUGUCUCCAUCUAAUCUUCUGCAUCUUCUUCUCUCAAACCGACUACCUUCCUGUCCUCUUUUACUCAAUCCAUAAAUCUCCUCUUUGGUCUUCUUCUAGGUAUCCUGCCUGGCAGUUUCAAUCUUAGCAUCCUUCUACCAAUGUACUCACUACUCCUCCACUUUACAUGUCUACACAAUCUUGUCAUGGCCUCCCCGCCUUUAUUUACAACACAUCUAACAUGAGCUGUCCCUCUGAUGUACAAAUUCCUGACCCUAUCCAUCAUUAUCACUCCCAAAGGGAACCUCAACAUCUUCAUUUCUGCUACUUCCAGCUCUGCCUCCUGUCUCUUCCUCAGUGCCACUGUCUCUAAACCAUACAACAUCGCUGGUCUUACCACUGUCUUGUACACCUUUCCUUUUAAAAUCCUCCACUUUCUUUACCUCUGUACCCUGUAACCUCAUGGCUCCAUUUGGGUCCCUCUCAUUCACACACGUUUUCUGUCUUCGUUCAGCUAACCUUUAUUCCUCUCCUUUCCAGGGCAAACCUCUGCUCUCUAGAUUUUCCUCCACCUGUUCCCUGUUCUCACCACAGAUCACAAUGCCAUCUGCAAACAUCUUACUCCAUGGAGAUUCCUCUCUAACCUCAUCUGUUAACCUGUCCCUCAUCACAGCAAACAAGAAGGGGCUCAGAUCCAAUCCUUGAUCUGGUCCCACUUCCACCUUGAACUCUUUCACACCUACAGCACACCUCAUGACUGACUUACAGCUCUCAUACAUGUCCUGCACCACUCUAAACAUACUUCUCUGCUAGUCCAGACUUCCUCAUUCAAUACCACAGCUCCUCUCUCAGCACCCUGUCAUAUCUCCCUCUGACCUUCUCUGUACUUCAUCUGUAAAUCUGUACAUCUUCAAAGCAAAUAUUGCAUCUGUAGUACUUUUUUCUUGGCAUGAAACCAUACUGCUGCUCACAGAUGCUCACUUCUAACCUCAGUCUAGCUUCCACUACUUUUUCCAUAACUUCAUUGUAUGACUCAUCAACUUAUUUCUCUGAAGUUGCCACAACUCUGCACAUCUCCCUUGUUCUUGGUGGCUAUUGGUGAUAAUUCUGAGAAUUUGUUUCCAAGCUAGAAGAAUUGUGAAGAGUAACGUAGAGGUUUUAUGUAUUUUUGAUAAUUUGUUGGUCUGUUGUGAAAGUAAGAUAGGGAAUGUUGGUGAAAAGGUCUGAGCUAAGACUGCACACAUUACAAAAAAGUGCAAAGUGUUUGCAUGUUUCUGUAUAAAUGCAUCUAAAAAGUGCAUCAAUUUAAAAAAAGUUAAAAAAAAAUCCUAAAGAAUAAAAAAACAAUAACUUCAGUACAAGAAAAAAAAACCAUGAGAUAUGUACAGGAGUGUUAAACUUUCUAACUGUACCUUGUUAUAAUCAUCGUAAUAAACGUGUAUUUGCUGAAUGUAAACAUACACAUGUUCAUGACUACUUUUGCUACACAUGAAAAAAUGAAUAAAGUCCAUUAUUUUGUUACAAUGA